AUGAGUAAUCUCAUCGCCCUUUUGACUUUUCUCGCCUUCACCUCUGCGGCCGCAAAACCCAACGCCGGUUUAAAAACGUGGGGACGCUUCAGUAAGCUGCCCUAUCCAGGGGACAAGGCUUUCCUCUACGAUACCUUCCCCGAGGACUUCAUGUGGGCGGUGGGCACCGCUGCCUACCAGGUGGAGGGCGCGUUUGAGAAGGACGGCAAGGGCCUCUCCAUUUGGGACACUUUUACGCGCGGCGGGAACCGGAUGGCCACCGGGGACGUGGGCAGCGACAGCUACCACAACAUCCACGCCGACAUCCGAGCCAUCAGAAAGCUCGGGGUCAGCCACUACAGGUUCUCCCUGUCUUGGUCCCGGAUUUUUCCCAACGGCACCCGCGGGAGCUACAACGAAAUCGGCACCAACUACUACCGGACGCUCAUCAAGCGGCUGAAGGAGAACCGAGUGGAGCCGGUGGUGACGCUGUACCACUGGGACCUGCCCGACCACCUGCAGCAGAGCCUCGGCGGCUGGAGCAACCCGGAGCUGGUGGGGAUCUUCAAGGACUACGCAGAUUUUUGUUUCCACACUUUUGGAGAUGAUGUGAAGUACUGGAUCACAAUUGACAACCCGUUUGUUGUGGCCCGCCACGGAUACGGCACCGGAGUGGUCGCUCCCGGGAUAAAGAACGACCCUGACCUUCCGUUCCGGGUUGGACACAAUCUGCUCAAGGCUCACGCGGCCACAUGGCAUCACUACGACCGCCACUACCGUCCCCGACAGCACGGCCAACUGUCCAUGGCUCUGGCCUCUCACUGGAUCAAGCCCAGUCGCACCCGGCUGGAGAGCCUGCGAGAGUGCCAGUGCUCCCUGGACCACGUCCUGGGUUGGUUCGCCCGGCCGCUGUUCACAGACGGAGACUACCCCCCCUGCAUGAAGGCCAGGCUGGGCUCUCGGCUGCCCUCCUUCACCCAGGAGGAGAAGGAGCAGGUGAAGGGAACCGCUGACUUCUUCGCCCUCUCUCACGGAGCAGCCCUCAGCUUCCAGCUCAUCAACGACAGCCUGAAGUUUGGGCAGCAGGAGGAUCUGGACCUGAGGAUGCUGCUCUACUGGGUCAACGCGGAGUACGACAGGCCGCCCAUCUUUGUGGUGCAGAGCGGUUGGUACGUCCUCGGCAACACCAAGACAGAAGACCCAAAACACAUGUACUACCUCAAGAGGUUCAUCGCAGAGGCGCUGAAAUCAAUCAUCAUAGAUGGCGUGAACGUGAUCGGAUACACAGCUUGGUCUCUGAUAGACGGCUUUGAGUGGCACAGAGAAUAUGGGAUCCGACGGGGACUUUAUUAUGUCGACUUCAACACUCCUGACAUGAAGAGGGAGCCAAAGACAUCUGCCACCUUUUACAGAAAUGUCAUCCAGAGAAACGGUUUCCCAGAACUUCCAGAGAACAGACCAGCACAAGGAGUCUUCCCCUGUGAUUUUGCAUGGGGUGUGUCGGCCAACUCAAUACAGGUGGAGUCCACACCCAGCCAGUUUGCAGACCCCAGCGUUUACCGGUGGAACACCAACAACGGGGAGCUGAUGAGGCUGGAGGGCUUCAGUUCGCCCCCUUUACGCCGAAACGCACACUGUGCUGAUUACGCCACCAUCCGACAACAGGUGGAUGAAAUAAGACAGGUGGGGGUAAACCACUUCCACUUCUCCCUCAACUGGUCAGCUCUGGUGCCGACCGGCGACGUGGCUCAUCCCAACACCACUCUGCUGGGUUACUACCGCUGCUUUACCCGCCAGCUGCUGCAGGCCAACGUCACACCUGUGGUCACUCUGUGGCACCACACCUGGCAGCGCAGCAGCCUGCCGGCCCCGCUGGACACCGCCAACAAGUGGCUGAACAGAGACACCCCUAAGGCCUUUGCAGACUACGCCAGACUUUGCUACAGAGAACUCGGGGCCCAUGUGAAGAUGUGGAUCACCCUGAAUGAGCCCAAUGAUGAGAUGGUGAGCUACCAGGAGGGCCAUCAGAUGCUGAUUGCUCAUGCUAUGGCCUGGCACGUGUAUGACGACGAGUUUAGACAUUCACAGGGAGGACAGGUGUCUCUGGCUCUGCACAUGGACUGGGUGGAACCAGCAUUUUCUUUCAGCCGAGAAGACGUGGAGCCGGCUAAAAGGGUGUUAGACUUCUUCGUUGGCUGGUUUGCAGAGCCCAUCUUCGGCAGCGGGGACUAUCCUCUGGGAAUGAGGAGCUGGCUGCGUCAGCUCAACUCACUUGACUUGCCAGUUUUCAACGAGAAGGACAGACUGCUGGUUAAGGGGACAUAUGACUUCUUUGCUAUUAGCCACUUCAGUACCAAGCUGGUGACUCACGCCAAGGAAGACUCUUACACCUACAACGUAAUGCUUGAGGUCCAACACAUGAUCGACACCACAUGGAUCACGUCUCCGUGGCCUGUAGUGCCCUGGGGCCUGAGGAAAGCCCUCAACUGGGUGAAGGAGCACUACUCUGAUGUGCCGGUGUACGUGAUGGCUAAUGGAGUGCAGGAGGACCCAGCUCGCUUCAAAGACAGCCUGAGAGUGUAUUAUCUGUACAACUACAUUAAUGAAGCACUGAAAGCGUACACUCUGGAUGGUGUAAACCUGAAGGGUUACUUUGCCUACGCCCUGAGUGACCAGCGGGACCCUGGAUUUGGCUUGUACGGCCAAGUCCACGAAGAGGUCAUCGACAAGGCCUCUCUCUCCAACUAUCGCAACAUCAUCCAGCAUAACGGCUUCCCCCUUCAAGGAGCUACACCCCAGCAGUGUCCCAGUUUGCCUCAGCCCUGCCUGGGCUGCCACAUUCUCACCAAGAGGCCUGUGGUGGGCUUCCUGACCCUGGUAGGGUCAGGAGUACUGAUCACCUUGGGCCUCAUUAUUUACUAUUCGUCCAAGAGACACAAGGAGUGUUACUGA